GAAAGUCCGGUGCCGCUGCCUCCGCUGGCCUCGGGCAGUUUGCCGCGGGCCCCGGGGCUGCGGGAGCGCCCAGCGGGCGGCUCGGGGCGCUGUGGGGCCGCGGCAGCGCGGCCCGGCCCGGAACGGCUCCGUCCCGGCCGCCGCCAUGGUGCUGUGCGGGGCUCUGCACAGCUUCCUCUUCGAGUACGACACGCCGCGCAUCGUGCUGAUCCGGAGCCGCAAAGUGGGGCUCAUCAACCGCGCGGUGCAGCUCGGCAUCCUCGCCUAUGUGAUCGGGUGGGUUUUUCUGUGGGAAAAGGGCUACCAGGAAACAGACUCUGUGGUCAGUUCUGUAACCACGAAGGUGAAGGGAGUAACACUGACAAACACAUCCACUUUGGGAGCCAGGGUCUGGGAUGUAGCUGACUAUGUCAUCCCUCCUCAGGGUGAGAACACUGUGUUUGUCAUGACCAAUGUGAUACUCACACUGAACCAGAGCCAAGGCCGCUGCCCAGAGCUCCCAGACGAUCAAACAAAGUGCGAGGUGAAGAACAACUGUAUUCCAGGAUAUGUCAGCACCCACAGCAGUGGCAUCCAGACUGGGGAGUGUGUUCCGUACAACAACAGCAUUAAGACCUGUGAAGUCUUUGCGUGGUGCCCCGUGGAGGAUGACUAUCACAUACCCAGGCCAGCAUUCCUGCAAGAAGCUGAGAACUUCACCCUUCUGGUGAAGAACAACAUUUGGUACCGCAAGUUCAACUUCAGCAAGCGAAACAUCCUCCCCACUAUCAACUCCACCUACCUCAAGAACUGCAUCUAUGACGCCCAGACAGAUCCCUUCUGCCCUAUCUUCCGUUUAGGGAAAAUAGUUGAAGCUGCAGGGCAGGACUUCCAGGAAAUGGCUGUGGAGGGUGGAGUCAUGGCACUGCAGAUCAACUGGGACUGCAACCUGGACAUGGCUGCUUCCCACUGUGUGCCAAAAUAUUCCUUCCGGCGCCUCGACAACAAGGACUCUGCCCACACCGUCUCACCUGGCUACAACUUCAGCCACGUGGCAGAGUUUGCAAAAUACUACAGGAAUAGUGAUGGCACUGAAUCACGGACGCUUGUCAAAGCUUAUGGCAUCCGCUUUGAUAUCAUAGUGUUUGGAAAGGCAGGAAAAUUUGAUGUAAUUCCUACCAUGAUUAACAUCGGCUCUGGCUUAGCACUGUUUGGUGUGGCAACAGUGCUGUGUGACAUUGUUGUUCUGUAUUGCAUGAAGAAGAAAUACUACUAUCGGGAGAAGAAAUACAAAUAUGUGGAGGAUUAUGAACUGGGAGUUGGUGAGACAUAUGGAACAGACUCCUGAGCUCCUGGUGCUCCAUGACCAACUGCUGCUCUAAAUCACUGCUGGGAACAUUUCUUGACCCUGCCAUGAGACCUCUUUGCUGGAAGGAAGUGGGGAACCAAACUGAGAAAGGGACAAUCUUCACUACUCUUUACUAAUUGGGAGCCAGUCCCAGGGAGAGCAACUGGGUCUGCUCAUUGUCUGCUCUUUCCAGGUUAUUUGCACUAAACACAACUGUACUUUUGUACAAAUUGUACUUUAUGCCAGACCUCUACACUGGGUGAGCCUGGGACAGAGACAGCUCUGGCAUCAUCAUUUUGCCAGUCCUUCUGUCCCUGAGAUCACUGAUAGCAGAGGGCACAGGACAAUAGGCACAGAUUCUUCCUUAGAGUGAACAUGGCCACUGCCAGGAGGUGCCUGACCUUGGGACAGCAGCUCCUUGCUGUUGUCAUUUUUCUUUCCCUGAAGGAUUGUGAAGAUUAGCUGAGCCUGUACCUACAAUCAAAUUGGGGUCUCCAAGCUGCAAUGGCCACAGACCAAGAUAAAGCAGAGUCUGGCUCCAUUGUGCUAUGAUAAAUGGCUUACUGGUUACAGAACUUUUUUUUCUGUUUUGUCUAAUUUUUAUGCUAUUACUUUAAAAUUUACUUUAAUAAAAUAGUACCUUCUCUCA